AUGGCAUCCCAAGCAGAUUCGGCCUUGCUCUUUCUCAUGGAAGAGGCAGGCGUCAGUGCUGACACCCAGGAAAAAAAUUACAAGGAGGGCUUUGACACGUUGAGCUUUGCGGGACUUGAUGAAACCACUGCCGGUGUACGCGCAGCCUUGAAGCAGAUGGGGUUGGAUGCUGAGGCAAGUCUUCCGAUACGCAAAGAAGUGGCUCUUCUUGUAUCAGUGUGGGAAAGUGCAAAAUCACAGCGCUCAUUUCAAGUAAAGCAAAAACUCGAUGCCAGUGCAAGCGGCCAAGCACGCUUGGUUCAGACCACAGAAUAUGCCGCAAUGCGUGCCGCAGUUGAAAAGAUGCAGGGUCGCUUGCGUGACAAAGAGGCACCCAGCAAGAGCCUGGUUGCUUCCAAGCUUGAGCAGCUUGAAGAUGGGGCGCCUGUGCCAGAGGAUCUCAGAGAAGCAACAUCUUUUGAAGAUUCGGCCGUGGAAGCAUACAGCGCAGUGGUUGAUCCGGCUUCAAAUUUCCUCCGGAUCAGGCCUGGUAAGAGCACAACAACGCCACCGGCCAACCCGGAAGAGCUCCGCCUGCGUCACCGGCGCCUGGGGCUGGCAUGGGCCUUUGUGAAGUCGCGGCAUGCCAACCGUGGUUGGAUUCCAGAAUCAAUUGUGGAAGAUUUCCGCAAGUUUUCUGAUUUCAUCUUGGGCGCUACUGUGGCUGGCUUGCGAUCGGCCGAUGGGAACGGUCCAAGUUGGGCAUUGGUGCUGACCUAUGAGCUGGAAGUGCGCAAAACAGCAUAUCGCUAUGUUCGUGAUGCCAUCUGCAAUGACAUUGGGAGCGCUCUUGAAAAAGCAUGUGAGGCGCCGGCGCUGUAUGGGGUUCAUUUUGUCACGCCUUUGCAGCUGGGCAAGCGCGAGCAAAUGGAGUCGAGCACUUCACAGGGUGCUCCGCGUACCAAAGGCAGCGGCAAGGGCAAAGGCAAAUGGGACCGUCAGUGGGGCAAAUCUGCCGCGACCCCUGAUGGACGAAAGAUUUGCUUCAAUUUCAACAAAGCUGGUGGUUGUCAAAAGAAACAUUGUGAUUUCGCUCAUGCAUGUCAGCGAUGCUUUGGCAAGCAUUCUUUUCAAAAUUGCAAGUUCAAAGGAGCUGUUGCCCCCGCCGCUCUGUCGCCUGCGGGUGGGGAAUGCCAAUCGCAGAGCGGCGAAUCAGCUUCUGAAGAUUGGCGAUCAGCUGGUGAGUUGGUUGAGGAGGAGGAAGCUGAUUAUGAAACAGGAGGUGACGGCAUUCACCUCAAAGGUGUUAGAGGCCGCGGCCCACCUAUGCAUUGUAAUUUUAAUGGCAAGCGCAAAACUUUCACAGAUGGCUUUGGUCUUUGCUCCCCUGGGCGGUGGCCGCCAGAAGCGCGGCAAGAUUACUAUGAGAAUCCUGAUCUGGCUUUUCACCACAGGCUGGGAACUUUGUUGCUUGACCUUUUGUCAAAGCGUGUUGACAUUCGCGGCGUGGCUUUCCUUUUGGCCUCUGGUAAGUGUGCAUCUUGUCCUUUCAGUGACGAACUUCUACAGCAAGGCAGGGAGAUUGUAUUUGCCCAACUUAAAAGUGUAGGUUGUCAGCUGCCGGCGGAUUGUGUGGCAGAAGGUCAGCCUUUCUACUUGUGUGCUUUAGAGGCGAUUCUUCAGCAGGCAGGAGAUCCAGAUGCUCUCGCAUUUCAUAGUGCUGAGAAUUCCUUUGCAAGUGGCGUCCGGCUUGGUGUGAAUUGUGUGCUGCCUCGCGUGCCGGCUGUCUUCACUGCUAAGACACACUGGCGGAAUUAUGACCAUAUCACAGAGCAGACAGAAUUGCGGGAGAACUACAUCACUGCACAGGAACAUCGUGAUGUGAUACAGAAACAGUUUGAGAAAGAGGCUUCACUGGGAGCCAUGAUGGAGAUUGGUUUAGAACAAGCGCAAAAAGAGUGGGGCAAGAUUUCUGUUGCAUCUCUGGGGGCGCUGGAGAAAGCUGACAGAAGCUACCGGGUUAUACAUGAUGCAACACACGGCCUCGCUGUUAAUUCAAAGAUACGGGUGCAGGAUCAAGUCCGAAGCCCCACGGCUUCGGAUGCGCGUCGAGCUUUACAAGCGCUGCCUAAUGCCUUCUUCGCUCUCAAAGGAGAUGUGAGUAGAGCACCUCGGCUAGUCAAGGUAGACAAGCGCGACUCGAAACAUUUGGCGUGUAGAACGGGGGUCCACCCAGACAGAAUUUGGCUGAACAAGGUAGGGACCUUUGGUGUAGCUUCAGCGGCCUACCACUGGAGUAGAUUCAUGUCUGGAUUGGGCAGAGCUGCUUACUACCUCUGGGGCAAGCUUGGUAUCAUGCAACUGGUUAUGUCGAUGACUUGUUGUGGCUUGUAG